UCUUCCCCCGCGGGCCACGCGGCCUGACUCAGGUCCCUGCUCCUGUGGCCCGAAACUCGCCGUUCGCUGGGCCUUGCGUCGCCCUUGGCGUCCAGUUCCCCCUCGGCUCGCGGCCACUUGGUCCGCGCCGCCUGCGUCCUGUGUGCCGAGCCCGCCCGCACUGCGGGGACAGGCCGGGCGCCGCCCACGCCGCGCUCUGCCGGGCGCACAGCCUCCCAGGGAAGCGUGCGGGCGGGCUGGCGGCCAUGGCGCGGCGCGCGGGGAGGUAGCGGGGCGGCCGCAGGAGCGCACGGUCGGCCAUGGCCCGGCGGCGGCGCCGCGCCUGCAUAGCUCUGUUCCUGGUGCUGCUCUUCGCCUUCGGCACCCUCAUGGGCCUGCGCACGCUCAAGGCUCCGGACGGACUCCCGGCGCUGGGCCCCGGCCUGGAGCUGGCGCCCUUUGAGCGACGCCCGGAGGCGGCCCCAGCGCCCGCUGCCCGGGCCCCGGCAGCCCCUGCCGCGCCGCCCCCGCCGCCGCCGCCGCCCCGCACCGCGGACCCUGGCGGCUCCCCUGGGCCGGCACCCGCGGAGGCCGAGCCCGCCCCCGGGCAGAGCCUGAGCGUCUACUCGGACCUGCACGCCUUCUACUACUCGUGGUACGGGAGCCCGCGGCGCGAGGGCCACUACAUUCACUGGGACCACGUCAUGGUGCCGCACUGGGACCCCAAGAUCUCAGCCAGCUACCCCCGCGGCCGCCACAGCCCCCCAGACGACUUGGGAUCCAGCUUCUACCCAGAGCUGGGGCCCUACAGCUCCCGGGACCCCGAAGUGCUGCGGGAGCACAUGACCCAGCUCAAGGAAGCCGCCAUCGGCGUCCUGGUCCUGUCCUGGUACCCACCUGGCAUGGCUGAUGAUAACGGUGAGCCCUCGGAUGACCUGGUGCCCGCCAUUCUGGACACCGCCCAUCAGUACAGCAUCCAGGUGGCCUUCCACAUCCAACCCUACAAGGGCCGGGAUGACAUCACUGUACAUGACAACAUCAAGUACAUCAUUGACACAACUGGAAAGCUGUGAAGAACUUUUGUGACGCCAACAACCUCAUGUUCAUCCCCAGUGUGGGGCCUGGCUACAUAGACACCAGCAUUCGGCCCUGGAACAACCACAAUACACGCAACAGGGUCAAUGGCAAGUACUAUGAGACGGCCCUGCAGGCGGCCCUGACGGUGAGGCCCGAGAUCGUCUCCAUCACCUCCUUCAAUGAGUGGCACGAGGGCACCCAGAUUGAGAAGGCCAUUCCCAAGAAGACACCCACCCGCCUGUAUUUGGACUACCUGCCUCACCAGCCCAGCCUGUACCUGGAGCUGACCCGCCGCUGGGCAGAGCACUUCAUCAAAGAGAAGGAGCAGUGGCUCAUGUGAGGGGCCUGUAAACAGGGACGUGAGGUGCUGAUGUCCUUGCCUUGCUGGAAGAUGUCACCACGUGGGGUUCAGCUGAGGUUGUAGGCACUCACUCAUUCCCAGGUCAGAGGUCAGCAGCUAGGUGCUUCUGGGUGGGCUGUCAGGCCUGGGCCUGUGCAGCAUAGAGACCAUUCCUCAGGCGAGUGGUGCUGGGGUGCUCUGCGGUGAUGGGAAUGGCAGAGGCUGGCAGGUGACUGAACUUAGCCCAGGGCAGCUUCACAUCCUGGGAACAGUUUCAUGUAACCCCUUCUAAUUUUGAACUCUGCAGCAGGCCGGUGCUGUGUAGUGGCCACCCACUCACCACCCUUGGAAGGGUGUCAGGGUCUGGGCUCGCAUGCGCCCUGCUCCCUUCUGCCAGUCUGUGUCCUCUCCUCAGGCCUCCUUCUCACAUCAUCUGUCUUCUCUAAGUUAGGGAACCAUAUUUGAGACUUUCAAAAAGGGAACUUCUAGGUUUAAGCUCCUCCCAGUAGAUUCCUGAACCCAAUUAUCAGGAAAUCAUCCUGAGCGCUCACAGGUUCAUGUAACACUCACUCAUCAAGCACCUUCCUAUGUGCUAGGUGCUGGGGAAAACUUGACUAAGGAAGAGUUCCUGUCCUGAAGCUUCCAGAACCCAGCUUUCCUUAUCUGGUGUGGCCUUGUAGCUAGUGCCUGGGCACAGUUGUUUUUCUUUUUGCAGUUUUACCUAGUGCUGGGAAUUCAGUUCUUUCUCCUCUAAAAAAAUACCUCUGUGCUCCAGAGCCUCAUUUUUCCCAGAUGCAUAUUUAGCUCCAGGGAGAGGACUAGGAGGAAACGCCCCUCCCUUUAGCUGCCUGAACUGACUGAGGCCCACUCACUAGAGCCAUGUUCAGUGCUACUGUGAUUUGUAGUAAUUAAAUAUGAACUGGUAUUCUCAA